AUGCUCCGACCGCUUAUUUGUAGUAUACUACUCCUCUUGCCUCUCGUCUACGCGGACAAGGUGCAUGUGGUGAACAAACCUCAAGUCCGGGUGACCACUGCUCUCGUCAACUUUCAUGCUCGCAUCAUGGAUCAAUGGGGAGAUGGAGGCGGCAAGACAUGGACGAUCGCCAAUGAUUCCUACCAUCCUUUUGCUCAUCGCCAAUUUGGCGGAGGUACGCGGCGAGAGAUACGAGGAACCAACAUGUUUGGAAGUGGAUACCCAUAUGGAGCGUGGAAUACGACCAGUAUUGCACGGCUUUCAUUUCCGUUUGGCGUGUGGCCCCUGUACUGGGGGGACGACUUUAUGGAUUCAGAUGAAGUUGGUGCUCAGUUGGAUGCCAUUCGUCCAUGA